CACAGUCUUCAGUCGCAAGUGUCACGCCGUUUUGGAGUGUUGUGUGCGAGCGUUCACCGUCAGUUUCGUGUACGAUCGUUUUGGUUUGUUUUUUUUUUUUCAUAAACAACCGUCGAAUGAGUGUCGUUUUAUUUAUUUUCAUUAACACGACGUAAGUGACAAAUACCGCGGAAGACGUUUUCCCAGGGGUGAUUUUCAAGUCGACUUCCUUCACGAUGCGGCUAUUGCUCCUGGUCAUCUUGGCCACCACAGGAUUGGCGAUCGUUUCUUCGGAAACUAAUUGCAAGUUUCCUGGAGCACCGGCACAUUCAUCGGUGACGUUUACUAAUGAUUCUUUACCCGUCGGAGCGGUGGCCACAUACAGCUGCGAAAGAGGAUUUGAACUUUUGGGACCCGCACGCAGGGUGUGUGAACCCACCGGCGAAUGGCUGCCCGAGGGAAUACCGUUUUGUGUGUUGAACGUGGCCGCGGGCAAAGCGCCUAUGCAAAUCAGCUCCGAACCCGGUGGUUUGCCUCAGAAAGCCAUCGACGGCAGCACCAGCUCUUUCUUCAGCCCUGAAACGUGCACGCUCACCAAACCGGAACGUACCCCCUGGUGGUACGUGAACCUGCUGGAGCCGUACAUGGUGCAAUUGGUCCGUUUGGAUUUCGGCAAAGCGUGUUGCGGUAAAAACAAACCGGCCACCAUAAUCGUGCGAGUGGGAAACAACAGACCCGACCUGGGCACGAAUCCCAUAUGCAACCGAUUUACAGGAUUUAUCGACGAGGGUAAACCAUUAUUCUUGCCUUGUAACCCACCCAUGCCCGGAGCAUUUGUCAGUGUACACAUGGAAACAGCCGGCACGACCACACAACUCUCUAUCUGCGAAGCUUUCGUUUACACCGAUCAAGCGUUACCUAUAGAAAGAUGUCCGCAAUUCAGAGAUCAACCACCUGGCAGUACGGCCACGUACAAUGGGAAAUGUUACAUAUUCUACAACCGCCAACCAAUGAACCUGAGGGAUUCUCUAACCUUCUGCAGAUCUAGAGGGGGAACUUUGGUGGACGAAAGCAAUCCGGCGUUACAAGGGUUUGUCAGUUGGGAAUUGUGGAGAAGGCACAGGAGUGAUUCGCAAAGCCAAUACUGGAUGGGCGCCGUCAGAGAUGCUCACGACAGGAACAACUGGAAAUGGCUAAACGGCGACGACCUUACAGUGUCUUUCUGGAGCGUUCCUGCCAACGGACCCGAAACGACUUCGAUCAACGGAGGCGACUGCGCACGUUUCGACGGUGCCAAAGGCUGGCUGUGGUCGGACACCAAUUGUAACGCGCCGCUCAAUUUCAUUUGCCAACACCAGCCUAAUGCGUGUGGAAGGCCAGAACAACCGCCCAACUCCACAAUGAUUGCGGAAAACUUCAACGUAGGCACGGCGGUCGAGUACACGUGCGACGAGGGUCAUUUAUUGAUCGGACCAUCGACCCGCAUUUGUCUGGCCACAGGAUUCUACAACGAAUUCCCCCCGGUGUGCAAACGCAUUCAAUGCGGUUUCCCGGCAGAAAUUUCCAACGGCAGCUACAAGCUACUCAACGGCACCGUAAACUAUUUGAGCCAAGUGCAAUACAGUUGCGCGGAAGGUUACAAAAUCAACGGCAGGGACAGACUGAUUUGUGAUCUGGACGAAAGAUGGGACGGACCUCCUCCCAAGUGCACGGUGGAAAAAUGUGCAGAUCCGCCCGUUGUCCUCAACGGCGAAUACAUGAUUUCCAACAACGACACCACGGUCGGAACGAUAGUGGAAUAUUCGUGUGCGUCCAGACGGUUCAGACUGGUCGGAUCGAAGCAGCUGACGUGCAUGGCCAACGGCGAAUACGAUAACAAAGCGCCUUUCUGCAAAGAAGAGGUCAAAUCGCCGGCUCCGCCAAUUUUGGUCACUAAACCGCCGGUGGUCAUAUCCACGACCAGCAGCAGCAGCAGUAGCAGCAGCACUCCCAGUAGUCGAGUGCCCGCUGGCCGAGAAAAGCCACGACCUUUCACCACCAGACCUUCUACCACCAUCCUGACAAAACCCGCCAACGAUCAUGACGACAACGGUCAGACUUCGUCCAACGUUGUAAUCGCCUCGGCUCAUCCUCACGACAACGAAAUCCCCGACAGCGUACACGUCCGGACCAAUCCUAAUGCUGCCAAUAUACCGUCUCAGGUGGAGAGCGAACACCGGAUCGGCCCCAAGCUAAACCUGGGAGCCAUUAUCGCGUUGGGAGUGUUCGGGGCUUUCGUGUUCCUGGCUGCGGUGGUCACCACGAUUGUUAUACUAGUGAAAAGGAAUCGCAGUGCCAAACAUUUCCGCCACCGGGCGUCGCCGGACACCAACACGGUGGCCUCGUUGGACUCGUCCGGGUCGGAGAGCCGCGGUGGACUGAACCGGUACUACAGACAGGCGUGGGAGAACUUGCACCAGUCGCAGGCGGUUUCGCCCAAACACUCGAGGCAACACCACCACCACCAUCACCACGGCAGCAGCCAUCAGACGGCCAGGCGCAAGGAGACGAUGGACCCUUCGCCGCGGAUGGAGAGCAUGCGCGACGGCUCCGAACUGGUCGUCAACGACGCGUACCACCCGCGCACUGCCCAGGACAAAAAGAGACACCACCACCACCAUCACCAUCACCAGGGGGGCCGGCCGUCCAACAGAUACUGAAUGUGGAUCAUCAUCAUCAUCGUCAUCUCUAGCGUGUAAGGCGUACGGGGGACAAUAAGUAUUUAUAUUAUUGUUAUUAUCGGGCAAGGCGCGGGCAGACUAUAAAUGAGGAUUUCGAUGUUGCCAAAGCCACCCCCCCCCCGCCCCCGAUCGUCCGUUUUACUAUAUUGUUAUUAUUGGAAAUAGUACAGAGAAUAUUGGGGGAAAAAUAAGCCAACUAAAAAUUAACGCAUAACCCGCGCAAGAUUAAUGACCACGCGUACGGAACGGGCGCCGCGCGUUUUUUUCCCUCUUCUUUCUAAAAUAUGUGCACUGGCCAAGUCACGUCGUCCCGCGCCGGCUCUUCUUUGACUACGUUCCCGCUUCCGUCCAAAAACUCGGUGGCGCCCCAAGUCCAUACGCAAGCUCAAGUCAGGGUCAGACUACCUUAGAAAAAUAAAUAAUAACGAUAAAUUAGAAAUAAUAAUUACUCAAGGGACAUAUUUUGUUGUUAAAGUGCCGAAUGGAGGGGCGUAGUAGGGGUGGGGUACCCGGUGUAUGAUGUAAAAUUAAUGUUUCCAAAUUCUACUGCCGUAGACACUUUUACAAUACAUAAAUAUUCGGUACGUUUGCUCUUUUUUUGUAAUUUUUCUCUAGACUUGUCAACGCAAACAAUUAUAUCAUUUCCACGCGUAUAGUUCCUAAUAUUAAAACGUGACGGUCGCGCUCGCUCGCAUGUGAAGUCCGAACCCACAAUGAUUUUCGUCAACUUCUGUUAUUAUUAUGCUGUAAAAUAUGAAAUUUUUAUCGAAAAACAAUCGUUGCGUUCUUACGACGUGUUUCUUGUGGCGUUCGUUUCGUUGUACCACCGCCAAAGAACCAUUACAAUAGCAAUAUUAAAAGCAAUAUAUAAAAGCAAACCUAUCGAACGCCGCAAGAAACAAGUGGCGGCUAAUUAGUCUUCGCGGGGUGCCCGUCCAUUAUAAUGCGUCUGUAAAAAAAAUGUAUUUGGGCACCCAAUAGUGUUUCGCACAAUAAAUCGUUUUGCCCAAAUGAAUAUCACCCGUUUAAACGCCAUUAUAGUAUAUAAUAAAAUAUAUAUAUAUAUAUUUUUUACCUGAAAUAUUUCAAUAAUUGUCAAUACACCAACAUAACAACCAAACCACGGCCAAAAGUCUAGGUUCAGUGCUGUAGUGACUGUGAGUUUAACAGUAUGGAUCACCGAGGUAAAAAAAAAAAUCUACUCCCGGCAAUGUAUCGAAAUCCUCAUUUUAUUCUUUCGAACACACAAGUAUUCACCCCCCCCUCCCCUCCCCCGUAAGCCCCGAAAUUGUACUGUCAGCAUUGGACAUAAUUUAUAUAUUAUAUCGCUUUUAAUGUUACCUUUUCUGACGUCGAAAAUUAAGUCAAUAUUAUUUAAGUUCAGUUAUGUUUUAAUAUAAUUAAUAUUGUUGCAACUGAUACAUAUAAUAGGUAGGUAGGUAUUGCAUAAUAUACAGCUGUGUAAUACGCCUACAAAUAAUUUAGACUUUAAGUAGGUACCUAUUUUUUUAUAAUAUUCAUAUUUAAUAACAUAUAUUAUAUUUAUUUUUAUUUAUUUAUCAUGCGAGAACUGUUUUGCACAACGGUUUUAAAAAAGUUAUAAUAUAUUUUACAAGAACUGUUUUUUUUUUUUUUUAAUGCAGCCGACGGAAUUGUAUAUAAAUAGUUUAACAUACGUACUGCCAAAGUUUAUAUCAAUU